UAUUAAGUAUAUAACAGUUUAAUAAUAUAAUUAGUCCACAAAAAAAUAUGAAAUUUAUAUUAUUUUCUAUCCUAUUAUUGACUGUGACUUAUGUUUGCGAGUCGACACCAGUUAAGGACGGUUUCUUUUUAUGGCCACCGUUUGGUAAUCUAGCCGUUCAAUCGGUACCACCACCUGUCGAGGGGUCGUCAACACCUGUUGAAGGAACUCCAGUUGAGAACAAACAGCCCGUUGAAGGAACACUAGUUGAGUACAGACCGGUCGAGUCGUCAACACCUGAGAACAACCGACCUAUUGAUGGAACACCUCAUGAAUGGCCAUUAUUUGGUAAUCAACAACCCGUUCAAUCGUCAAUACCAUCUGUCCAGUCGUCAACACCCGAUAAUCGACCCGUUGAAGGAACCAGUCAUGAAAACCGAACCAUUGAAUGGCCAUUAUUUGGUAAUCAACAACCCGUUCAAUCGGUACCAUCUGUCCAGUCGUCAACACCCGAUAAUCGACCCGUUGAAGGAACCAAUCAUGAAAACCGAACCAUUGAAUGGUCACUGUUUGGCAGCCGACCAGUUGAAGGUGAAGUACCAAUUGAAAACCGAACCAAUGAAUGGACACCAUCAUCAUCAUCAUCAUCAYCACCGCCAACGAGUGGUGACCGACCCGUCAAUUCGGUAUCACUGGACUACCGAAGUUUCAGAGAGUUUUUUAUUAGUCUAUUUCCAGUUAUCUAUUCGUGGUUUAAGAAUAUGAUUGGUGGCGGUGGCACCAAUUAAAACACACCCCCCCCCAAAAAAAUGGUGGUGUCAAUACUUAUCACUAAUUCCUAGCUUUUAGGAAAUAAAAAUUAUGUAUAAAUAUUAAAAUUAAUGUAUUUUUCUAGAAUUCUAUGUAAAAUAUUUUUAAUUAACAAAAAAUUAAUUACAAGUAAUUUCGUUUAUCAAUCAAUUAUUUUUCAAAAACAAAACAAUUCAUAAUAUAAACUUUUAUCAUCAAUAGAUUAAUUGAUAUAUUAAUGAAGAUUUAAG